UCAUCAUACAUACAUACAUACCUUAUCAACCGCCUCUCCUGAUUAUAAAUGCGCUUCUUUGCCUUUGUUUCAUCUCUUCAAACAGCUCUUCAUUAUUCUUUCUCAAAUCCCUCAAUAACCAAAACCUUUAGCAAUUUAAAGUAAAAUUUCAGUCAAGCAAUGGGUGAGCAAACAGGAGCUAAGCCUGAAGCCGAGAAGAAGCCCGCCGCCGAUUCCGGCGCUAAGCAAGACGACGGCAAGGUUACCGCCGUUUACAAGAUUGAUAUGCAUUGUGAAGGUUGUGCCAAGAAGAUUAAACGGUCGAUUAAACAUUAUGAAGGUGUGGAAGAUGUGAAAACGGAUUGUGGAGCCAACAAGCUAACGGUGAUUGGCAAAGUGGACCCGGCCAAAGUCAGAGAUAGGUUGGCCGAGAAAACUAAGAAGAAAGUCGACUUGAUUUCCCCUCAGCCUAAGAAAGAUGCCGCCCCAGCCGCUGCUGCUGCUGGAGGUGGUGAUAAGAAACCAGACGCUGAGAAGAAACCGGAGGAGAAGAAAGAAGAGAAGAAGGAAGAGAAAAAGCCACCCAAAGAGAGUACGGUGGUUUUGAAGAUUAGAACACAUUGCGACGGUUGCAUUCAAAAAAUGCGAAAAAUAAUCAAGAAAACCGAUGGCGUUCAAUCAGUUGACAUUGAUGGAACUAAAGAUUUAGUAACCGUCAAAGGCACAAUGGACUUGAAAGACCUCGUUCCUUAUCUCAAGGAGAAGUUGAAACGAAGUGUCGACGUGGUUCCGCCUAAGAAAGAUGACGGCGGUGAGAAGAAAGACGGCGGUGAGAAGAAAGUCACCGACGCUGAUAAGAAUGGGAAAGAAAAAGAAGCUGCUGCCGCCGGAGGCGAGAAAAAAGAAGGCGGUGGUGAAACGAAGAUGGAAGUGAGCAAGAUGGAGUAUCAUGGAUACGCGUAUCCUGCACAGCCAAUGUAUUGGUCAGAUAGACACGUGUAUGGUGGUCCGAGUAACGCGGUGGAAGGGUAUCAGAAUCAGCAGCAUCACGAGUACGGAUACAUGAACCAGGGGUACAUGAAUCAAGGCUAUAUGUCUCAUCCUGGGUAUGCGAAUCAAGGGUAUAUGUCUCACCCUGGGUAUGUGAAUCAAGGGUACAUGGUGGACCCGCGGCAUCCCCUUCACGCGCCUCAGAUGUUCAGCGAUGAGAAUCCAAACGCCUGUUCGAUCAUGUAAGAAAGGAAAUCAACGGUGGUUAAUAAGGAAUUAAUCAUGAUUAAUAUAGAGAGAAGAAAGAAAAGGACCAAAUGUAAAUAGCAGAACUUUCUAGGGAGAGAGAAGUAAAUAACAGAACUUCGAAAAAAGAAAGGGACCGACGAUGUAAUAGGAAAUAGUAGAAUUUUGGAAUUAUCGCGAUGGUUAGAACUUAGAACCUUUUUGUUUUUGUUUUUAAUAUAUGGAACAACCGGCCAAAGCCGGCUUGGCUUGAUCGGGUUAGUGUUGGGACGGUCGUGGGUUAUUUUUUUUUUUUAAUUUUUGUUCGUUGUAUUUUUAUAAAUUUUAUUCUUAUGAAAUAUAAAUUGUUAUUUCAUUUUAAA